AUGGAUACGCUGUUUAGGUUGGUUAGCCUUCAAGCCUCCGAGCAGGAGCAGCAGCAGCAGUCGGCGUCCUACAACUCGAGGAGCACCACGUCGAGCGGCUCCAGGUCGUCGUCGCACCAGACCAACGCAUCCUACAACUACUACUACCACAGCACCACCAGCGGCGGCGCCGGGCAGUACUACUACGGCCAGCAGCACCAGCACCAGCACCAGCAGUACUACCUGGAGCCGUACCAGCAAGAAGAAUGCGGCAACGCCCACCACCUUUACAUGGAUGAAGACUUCUCCUCCUCGUCCUCGUCGAUGCAGCACUUCCACUCGCACGGCGCGGCGGUGCAGCCGCCGACGUCGUCCGCGGCCACGCCCACGGCGCCGACGCCCCCGCUGUCCACGUCGUCCACGGCUGCGGGGGCGGCGCACGCGCUGUUCGAGGCGGCCGACCUGUCGUUCCCGCCUGACCUCAACCUCGACUUCUCGUCCCCGGCGUCGUCGUCCGGCGGGGGCGCGGCCUCGUCGGCGGCGGUCGGGGGAGGCGGCGGGGGAAGAUGGGCGAGCCAGCUGCUGCUGGAGUGCGCGCGCGCGGUGUCGGCCCGCGACAGCCAGCGCGUGCAGCAGCUGAUGUGGAUGCUCAACGAGCUGGCCUCGCCGUACGGGGACGUCGAGCAGAAGCUGGCGUCCUACUUCCUCCAGGGGCUCUUCGCGCGCCUCACGGCGUCCGGCCCGCGGACGCUGCGCACGCUCGCGGCGGCGUCCGACCGGAACACGUCCUUCGACUCCACGCGGCGCACGGCGCUGCGGUUCCAGGAGCUCAGCCCGUGGUCGUCGUUCGGGCACGUGGCCGCCAACGGCGCCAUCCUGGAGUCGUUCCUGGAGGCCUCCGCGGCGUCGUCGGAGCCGCAGAGGUUCCACAUCCUCGACCUCAGCAACACGUUCUGCACGCAGUGGCCCACGCUGCUCGAGGCGCUCGCCACGCGGUCCGCCGACGACACGCCGCACCUGUCGAUCACCACGGUGGUCUCAGCCGCGCCGUCCGCGCCGACGGCCGCCGUGCAGCGCGUGAUGCGGGAGAUCGGGCAGCGGAUGGAGAAGUUCGCGCGGCUGAUGGGCGUGCCCUUCAGCUUCCGCGCCGUGCACCACGCCGGGGACCUCGCGGAGCUCGAUCUCGACGCGCUCGACCUGCGCGACGGUGGCGCCACCACCGCGCUCGCCGUCAACUGCGUCAACUCGCUGCGCGGUGUGGUGCCGGGCGGUGCCCGAAGACGGGACGCGUUCGCCGCGUCCCUCCGGCGUCUCGAUCCGCGGGUUGUUACUGUCGUCGAGGAGGAGGCUGAUCUCGUGGCAUUUGACCCUGACGCGUCCGAGGAAAGCGGCGACACGGAAGCAGCGUUCUUGAAGGUGUUCGGCGAGGGCUUGCGGUUCUUCUCGGCCUACAUGGACUCCCUGGAAGAGAGCUUCCCCAAGACAAGCAACGAGAGGCUGGCACUGGAGAGGGGAGCCGGACGUGCCAUUGUGGACCUGGUCUCGUGCCCGGCGUCGGAGUCCGUGGAGCGGCGGGAGACGGCGGUUUCAUGGGCGCGCUGCAUGCGGUCUGCCGGCUUCUCUCCGGUGGCGUUCAGCGAGGACGUUGCCGACGACGUGCGGUCGUUGCUCCGUCGGUAUCGGGAAGGAUGGUCGAUGCGGGACGCCGGUUUAGACGACUCGGCAGCCGGAGCAGGCGUCUUCCUGGCGUGGAAGGAACAGCCUCUCGUGUGGGCAAGCGCGUGGAGGCCAUGA